CAGUGCAGGACAAGAACCUAGGGGGCGGAACUUGGUUUGUUCUCCGCAAUCGCAAUAAAACCCUAAUUUCCCCCUCCUGGAUUCAUCCUAGAGCAGCAACUCGGUGCCGCAGAGACGGAACCAGUCCAUUCACCAUGGGUAUCGAUUUGAAAGCAGGAGGUAAGAGCAAAAAGACCAAGCGAACCGGUCCCAAAUCUGAUGAUAUUUACUUGAAGCUCCUUGUCAAGCUUUACCGGUUUCUUGUUAGGAGGACUGAGAGUAAUUUCAAUGCGGUGAUUCUAAAACGGCUUUCCAUGAGCAAGGUCAACAAGCCGCCUCUAUCUCUAUCUCGGUUGAUUCGUUUCAUGAAGGGAAAGGAAGACAAGAUCGCCGUAGUGGUCGGGGCUGUGACCGAUGACACUCGUGUGUAUGAAGUCCCCGCGCUGAAGGUGACUGCUUUGAGGUUCACUGAAACUGCUAGGGCUAGAAUUGAGAAGGCUGGCGGAGAGUGCCUGACUUUUGAUCAGCUGGCUCUUAGAGCUCCCCUAGGACAGAACACGGUUCUCCUCAGAGGUCCUAAGAAUGCCCGUGAAGCUGUCAAGCACUUUGGGCCAGCUCCAGGUGUGCCACAUAGCCACUCGAAGCCCUAUGUCCGUUCAAAAGGAAGGAAAUUUGAGCGGGCCAGAGGAAGAAGAAAUAGUAAAGGAUUCAGAGUUUAAAUUCUGGAAUUCAAGCAUCGUGGAGAUUUACGUUUAUCUUGCAGUUAUUUUGUAUGUCGUCUCCUUUGUGACGUUAGAACUGUUUGCUUUUGGUAAUUUUAAUUUUUUGCUGAGAGAGUGGAAGAAGGCAGACAAUUUUGUUUUGAGAAACAAAUUUACUAAUGAUUGAUGAACCUUUGGUGUAGCGUUUCGCUUCACUGACUA